AUGCAUCUCCGCAAGGAACACGCCGAGCUUGACAUUCCCGCUCUACAGCGCUUCAUCCGCGCCAACCCCCUCGGCCUGCUCACCACCGCCAUCCCCUCUUCCACAUCGUCCUUUCCGCUCCUGCAAUCCACGCACGUCCCCUUCAUCCUCGACGUCGACGACAGCAAUGACGCGAGCGCGGCGGCAGCGCCCCUGGGCCGUUUACGAGGCCACAUGGCGCGGCAGAAUCCCCAAGCCAGAGCCAUGAUCGAAGCUCUGGUGGGGAGCGACGACAACGUCCUCGCGCAAGACAUCCUCCUCGUCUUCACCUCCCCGGUGCAACACUACAUCACGACAAACUUCUACCACGAGACCAUGUCCUCGGACCGCCGCACCGCCCCGACGUGGAACUACGCCGCCGCGCAGGUCUACGGGCGUCUGCGCGUGCACCACGACGCCGACACGCCCGCCACGGCCGCCUUCCUCACGCAGCAGCUGCGCGACCUGGCGCGCCUCGGCGAGACGCACAUCAUGGGGUACCAUCACGGCUCGGCGGACGAGAAGCCGGCGGCGUGGCGGCUCGACGACGCGCCGGGGAACUACGUGGCGCGCUCAAUCCGCGGCAUCGUCGGCCUCGAGAUUGAGAUUGUGCGGCUGGAGGGCAGGGUCAAGAUGAGCCAGGAGCUCAGGGAAGGGGAUCGCGAGGGCGUGGUGCGCGGGCUGCGGGCGCUCGGGACGGAGACGGCGGAGCGCAUGGCGGAGCUGGUGGAGGAGCGGGCGGCGCUGAGGGCGUCGAGUCGCGCCGUGCGGGUAGACGCAGUGUCAAGUUGA